AUGGCCGAUUCCGCUGGUGCGAACUAUACUGGAUGCUUCUGGGAAACCCUCGAUGCAAAUGGCGGGCCUGGGUUAGGAGCAAUCACUAGCCUGUGUCACGCAUGGGGGGCCGGACCGACAGGUGGACUCAGUACCUACGUACUCGGUGUGACAGCUGCUAAGCCUGGUUUUCGGGAGUGGCGGGUUUCGCCUCUGACUCUAGGAUUGUCUUGGGCAGCUGGCACUAUUUCUGUCCCCAAUGGUAAAACUCACGUUGCGUGGAAUGCAACAGAGGGCCACAUCACCAACUUAAAAAUCGAGAGCCCUGCCAAUACCAAGGGCAUUGUUUCCCUACCCAUCUGCGGUGCUAGCUCGACCUGGAAACUGAAGGAACAAGCUUUCAGUAUUGGUAACGGUACUUUUAGUGUUGCUGGUGGAGAGAAGCUUGUAUUUACACUCUCCUAA